AUGUCUGGCUUCGCCAGAGAAAUCCGCGCACACGAGUUCCGAGAGAUGCAGAUAGACUUUGCUCGUCUAGUGGGCCUCGAAUAUCCAGAUGAGGCGCGUCAACGGUCAUGGGCACACAGGAAUUUUCGUGUCAUCUGUUCUCAGCUCUACGAGCAGAAAUUCUUUCCACACCAGUACUUCGAAUACCACGACUGGAUGGACUUCUCUCAGAUGGAGCUCAGGAAGGACUUGAUGUCUCGCUACAAGCUCUUGGAAGUACUUGAAAUCUGUUAUUCCCAGCUUCUACAAAGAUACGGCGCCGAGAAGACAUCCCUCGCAGUGCCGCAGUGGCUCGAGAAGACGACACAAGAAUCCACUUACCGGCUUGUGUUCUGCUUACCUUCGGAUGUGCAAUCCUUCUCACAACUCUGGGAGCCGAAGAAGGAACUGACUAUCCGGAAGCGGACGGAUCAUCCAACGCCUGAAUGGGAUAGGAGAUCGUCAGUCGAAGCGUCGUCUUCCAGAGUCGAAGACUGGGCACGGUUCGCACGUGCGGAGGAAGGAUCUCAUAACGACAGGAUGAGGGAGAUGUGGGACACGGGCGAUGAGGCCGAUACGGAGCGCGACAACGAUUGGGACUUGUUGAAGGACUGGAAUGUCGAAGAACUGUGA